AUGUGGAUGGAAGUAGAACUGGUCUAUUUGCCCCUGGGCCUGCCCGAUGCCAGUACCGCGGAGACGCUGGGACUGCUGGAACAGCUGACGGAACGCCAAGACAGCGGACCAUAU